CCUGACGGUUCGAGAUCUCGGACCUGGUCUGCUGGCGGCUUGUUGAGCGGGGUUCUGAGUGGGUGUGGCCAUUAUGGGGUGGAGAAUGAUAAGGAAAUAUUAGCCUACUCAGUUUUGCUCGGUAGCAUGAGACAUCGUACACUAUACUCUGUCCCGUCCCUAUGGGCCUCCAUCCCCUGUCCACUCUCUGAGCUACGCCUGGACUUGGUUCUGGCUUCAGGACAAUCCUUCCGGUGGAGGGAGCAAAACCCUGCGCACUGGAGUGGUGUGCUGGCUGACCAGGUAUGGACACUGACCCAGACUGAGGAGAAGCUCUACUGCACUGUGUACCGAGGGGAAAAAGGCCAUACUGGGAAGCCCACAGGAGAAGAGCUGAAGGCCCUACACCAAUACCUCCAGCUGGAUGUCAGCCUGGCUCAAUUGUAUAGUCAUUGGAGUUCUGUGGAUUCCCACUUCCAAGAGGUGGCUCAGAAAUUCCAAGGUGAGUGUCGACUCCUACAACAGGACCCCAUCGAGUGCCUUUUCUCCUUCAUCUGUUCCUCCAACAACAACAUUGCCCGCAUCACUGGCAUGGAGCGGCUCUGCCAGGCCUUCGGACCUCGACUUGUCCAGCUAGAUAAUGUCACCUACCAUGGCUUCCCCAGCCUGCAGGCCCUGGCUGGGCCAGAGGUGGAGGCUCAGCUCAGGAAGCUGGGCCUUGGGUACCGUGCCCGUUUCGUGAGUGCCAGUGCCCGAGCCAUCCUUGAAGAAUACGGUGGGCUUCCCUGGCUUCAGCAGCUGCGCAGGGCCCCCUACGAAGAGGCCCACAGGGCCCUCUGCACCCUGCCUGGGGUGGGCACCAAGGUGGCCGACUGCAUCUGCUUGAUGUCCCUAAACAAGCCCCAGGCCGUGCCCGUGGAUGUCCACAUGUGGCAGAUUGCACGUGACUACAGCUGGCAUCCUACCACAACCCAGGCCAAAGGUCCAAGCCCCCAGGCCAACAAGGAACUGGGAAACUUUUUCCGGAGCCUGUGGGGCCCUUAUGCUGGCUGGGCCCAAGCAGUGCUCUUCAGUGCUGACCUGCGCCGGCUCUACCAAGAGCCACCAGCAAAGCGCAGAAAGAGAUCCACAGGGCCUGAAGACUAGGUGGGAGGCACAGGACAAAGGGAUUCUCCCAAUACCUUUCCCUCCAUUCCCCAUUAU